GCACUCAGAUUCUUCUUUUCAGUCCCAAUCUUCAAUGACGAAGACAAGUUCGUUGAAAUCAACAGCUGUGGUAGUUGGUGCCCUAGCUUGUGGGUGGCUAGCCAUUGAGUUCGCCUUCAAGCCAUUUCUCGAGAAAGCUCGUGCUGCCUUGAACAAAUCUGACCCUGCUCGUGACCCUGAUGAUGAAGAUGAUCAGAACUCGCAACCCGGUAAAUCUCCAUUUGAGAUUAAUCCUUCUGAAGAAAGUCCCUGAUUUUGAAUUUUUCUUUUUUUCUUUAAUUUUGGUUGAUCAAUUCGGUUUUAAGUAUUAUUAGUUGUGGUUAUUAGUUUUCGGUUUUUGAAUAUGCUAAAUUGAUAAUCAAAUCAAUAAGAUAUUUGUUAUCGAUUCUCAA